AUGCCUCCCACCAACAACCUCUGGCACCUCCAACAACGAGGCCAACCAAUCCACACCUCCUCAGACCAAUCCAAAUACAUCGCGCCAGCCGAAACAACCCCCCAUAAAGCCACAAUCCUCGGCUUCCCCUCCCGCUGCUCGACCUUCCCAUCACUCUACACGCGCACCUGCAACGAGAUAAUCGAUCUAGCAGCCACAAUCGCGCACUUCGAGCCCGUGCGCCUCCAUGUACGCCCCGAAGACCAAGCCCACGCUCAAUCCCUCCUGGAAAAACGCAUGGCCAGCGCCCCGGCGUCCGAAAAAGCCCGCAUCUCUCUAAUCCCAGUCGCAACAAACCACGUCUGGGUCCGUGACACAGGCCCCGUCUACGUCCGCGGCGCGGAAGACAACAAGAGAUACGCGAUUGACUUCCGGUUCUGCGAAUGGGGGAAUAAAAUCGACGAGCUCCUUUACAAUAGUAGUGCGGACAAAGCCGCAGCGUUGGAGAUCGAGGCUGAGACGGAAGAUUGGCCUAUUCUAGAAGAACGUGCUAGAAAAGAGAACACGGAGUUUGCAAGUCGGGUUCUGGAGAUUGAAAAUGCCUCGAAUCCCGAGGAUCCCGUUACGCGGAUUCAGUCGAAGGUGAGGCUUGAGGGUGGUGGGAUUGAGAUGGACGGGGAGGGGACUUUCAUGGCUGCGGAAAGCAGUGUGCUUGUUUCGUCGCGAAAUGAGGGUCUUUCUCGCGAGGAGAUUGAGGAUGAGCUGAGGAGACUUCUUGGGGUGAAGAAGUUUAUUUGGAUUCCUGGUCGUGAGGGACUGGAUAUUACGGAUUGUCAUAUCGAUGCGGAGGCGCGGUUCGUUCGGCCUGGUGUUGUUGUUGUCUGCAAGCCUCAUCCGUCAUGCGAGCAGGUCUACUGGGACAUUUACAACGAGGCCCGGGCGGUUCUGGAUAAUGCAACGGAUGCGCAGAACCGCAAGCUCGAAGUUCACGAUAUCGAGGAGCCGGACCCUGCACUGGUGAAGGGUGAUGUUCCUGGUGAGGAAAAUGCACCUGCGGCGUCAUACGUGAACUUCUACUUUGUGAAUGGUGGCUUGGUGAUUCCUUCAUUUGGAGAUCCAGAGCCGGAUCGCAAGGCUUUUGAACUUUUGCAGAAGCUUGUUCCUGAGCGUGAGAUUCGCCAGGUGGCUGUUAAUGCGCUGCCCAGAACUGGGGGCGUGUUGCACUGUACCACGCAGCAGGUGCUGUAA